CUGACAGCUGCAUCUACUUACUCACUCUUCACAAGGCGAGAUCGCCUGUGGUCUCCUGCAGAGAACACCAACAAGAUGAUCAUUGUGAUUGAUGUCAUGAAUCUUCAGCAAAUUAGCAGUUGUACUAGCCGGCAAGUUCUUUUACACCAAACACUUCUAAGGUAAGUAAGACACAAGAUGGCUCCGCCCGGUCCUAGCGGUGCAAACGAGGAGGCUUUAUGGAAAGAUGAAUACAUAAUAGAUGACCAUGACUUUCUGACUGUUCUUCUACUUAGCUUUUCCAAUUCCACCACCUUUUUCCAACUCAAAUUUUCAUUGAUGCAACAAGCUUUUGUCGCUGCCUCUGUUACUUGUAAAACCAAAGCAAAUAUAUAUAGAUAUGCCUUAGUACUACCCCCUCCUCCCUCUUCAUCUCCCGAGCGUUGGAAAACCGAAGCCAACGAACAUUUGAAGAAGAAUGAGAUUGAUGCUGCUGUCUCCAAAUACACGAAAGCCAUUGCACUGGACAAUCAGAAUCCUAUCUACUAUUCUUAAGGCUCUUCAUCCUAUUAACACUAUCUACUAUUCUUAAGACUAUUGACAUCCAUCUAUCCUAUCUACUAUUCUUCAGACUAUCGUGCAGCUAAACAUCCAUCUUUAACUACGCACGCGCGUCGUCCUCCUAACUAUCGUGCACCUAAACAUCCAUCUGUAACUCUAUAUUUAUACAUAGAAGGGGUCAUCCUCGGCACCUCGACCUCCUCCAUAAUCAUAUGCGAGGAGGGAUAAAAAUAUUUUGGAGGGAUCCUCUCACAGGAAUGAAUUAGGGCCAGCGCUAAGGUUGAAACCGAUCCGCUGCGUGGGCUGCCAGUGCACAAUACGCGAAAGCCCUUAACGACGCAGACAAAUGCCUCUCCAUAGACAAAAAGUUCGUGAAGGUUAUGGAGUGUCCUCAUAUAGUUCAAGCGCGUCAUGGUCAUGAUGCUUGGGCAUUAAGCUGUUCUUGCUGAUGAAAAAGAAAGUAUAACAAGUACUAGAACAUGAUGAUGAUUAUAGUUCAUCAGGUUCGCUCAAGCUAGUUGUAAUUGGUUAGUUUUCGAAAACUCAAAAUAAACGAGUCACUGACCGAAAUUAUAAGGGAGGUAGCUUGACAUCAAGGCUACUCUUCCUCUUCGUCAGUCUCAGUAUCUCGGUAUUCUGAUCAGUUACUUGCUUACUAGUUCAGUUUUUGUUCGAAAUUGGUGCCGUUGAUUUGAAAUUGAAGAAGAACUUCUUCUAAGAAGAGCUAUUCCAGAAAAGGACUUGCAUUGUACAAGCUUGGCCGUAUCGAGGAAGCCAUGCGCACGUACACGGAAGGUCUUCUUCAUGAACCCGAUAAUCAAGCUCUGUCCACUGCAUUAACCGCAGUGAAAGCCGAGACGGCACGCGGAAAAAAUAAGGGAGCAGCUCCCGGAACAGGGGUGUCGUCGUUAUGAAGAAUUUUGUAGUAAACCUCAAUCAUGCUCAACCUGCUUAAAUCGACAUCACUAGAACACAAACACGAGUCACAGCUAAUAAUCAAAAGCAAAAGACUAAGUAGCACUAAUUAGCGAGCCUACAUCCUUUUUGAGACGCAGCGUUAUGAUGUCUUCGUAACGCACUUCUUCUUUGUUCUGGAAGGUACUGUUUUUGUUAAGGCGUCUCCCACCUUCAUACUCCGAGACAAUAACGAAAUUCCUGGGGAAUGGCUAUUUUUCGAAGAUGAUCUCGAAGUUACUGGAGAAUCGAUUACUGUCGAGAAUCAUCAUGUACGUCAUUGUUUUCGCGGGGAUGUUCGGGUACAACCGCUUUUUUGGUUCUCCUAAGGAGGACAAAGGCAAUACCCCAGUCGACGACGCAGUGAACAAAGCAGUGGAUGUACUUCAGCACCGAAUCAUUUCCGUAGGCUCUGGGCCACAACGCGUUCUACAUCUCGUUAAAAGACCAGCAAUAAUAGCAACUACGUCAAGCGAUCAUGGAGCGUUAGGAGAGGACACGAGCACAAGUACUUCUGACUUUGCAGAAGCACUACAACAAACCUCCAAGCCGAUUUCUUCACUUCUGUUCUUCCACACGACUGGUCUAUCAUUAGAAGAGUUCUCUUCUCACAUCUACGAGGAGUUUCCGGAUUACAACAUUGUAGGCGUCGACUUGCCGUGCCACGGACGUAGCGGGUGCUUCGUGCCAACGGGUGACGAUUGGGAAGAGAUUGGGAAGAAAAUAGCGACAGGAGAAGGCAAGUUUCUAGGCGAUCCAAAAAAGAGGGUCAUGGUACAACUCGUGCCUGCUUUUAGGAACGUUUAAAUUUUGACAGCAUUUCGCUUGUUGUAUUGAUGGAUCAACAACACACACUUGGAUGAACUGGAUCUUUCAAACCUUAUUCAGUUCCUUUCGGGUUAUUCUCCAUUCGUGACGAGAGCCAUGUACGACGCGUUGGAGCCUGCUGCAGUGGUAUGGACUUCACCUAGUCGGAUAGUCGGAACUGCAAAUCCCACCGACGACCAGAAGGAAAUUGCAACUUUCGCUGACCUAAAAACUAUCCUGGCUUCUGGUGUUGAAGGAGCUGCGAGCACUAAUAGAAGCGGUAAGGAGACGGUGAAGGAGAAGAACAAGAAGAAGGAAGCAUCUACCUCGUCAAAUAGUGCUGUCGACGACCUGCCAAUCCCAAUCUUGCGCGACGCAAUGAUUCAUUUGGCGCAUGGUACUACAAAUAUUUUUACAAAGUACGUAGCAGUAGCUAGCUGCCCCUUUAUUACAAGCUCAAUGGACACAAUCAUAACGACAACAACUAUGAUGAUACCACUUCUUCAAAUUUUUAGACAUUUAUAUUGGUUCUCUCAACGCUCGCUCAACACAGCCAAGCGUCCGCAGUAUACGGUGGAGAGCAAUGUCACAGAGUUGGUGUUGAAUGAGGUUAUUGAAGGCCCAACCCUUGUCUUAGAGGACGAGCACAUGACGGAGAUGAAGCUGAUAGUUGCAAAUUCUCUCCGCAAAGAGCAAAUCACAGUGGAACCCCUAGACUGGCGCAUCGUAAAGACGGAGGCAUGGCUAUCUAAAGUCAAUGCUUUUCUCGACAAGACCUUUCCUGCGGAGAAAGACGAGUUGUCAGAAGAAACAAGUAUGGGUGGAGAUGAUGCGGAGGAUGAAGGAAUGACUUCUAUGGGUGGAGAUGCAGGUUCAUCAGGAGGUGACGAAUUCUGAUCAUUCGCGGUCGUCGAGUGAUAGACGCUGCUACGAAGAAGUGGUUGAUGCUGGGCUACUUGAAUCAGGAGAACAGAAAAGGUUUCAUUCUUCUAGCACUAGGCUUCAUAAUCGGGAGCCCUUCUACAACAAUUUCUUAUCCCCGAAACUUCAUGUGUCUUGGCACAAUUUGAAUUUCUUGACACGCUUGACUACGCGACCUUCAUCUUCAUCCGAAUUUUUCAAUUUUUCUUACUCUUCUACUUCUUAUCUGUUGAGACAACCAACACGCGCAAGUCGAACUCUUC